AAAGACUCAGUUGAAGAAUAGCCAACAAGAUGAGAUACUCGUAACACCUCCUGAGUAGCACUGAGCAGAGUCAUCAAGGGGUUGGAUAUUUGUUUACAGUGAACCUGCCCCAAUCACUUAGAAGGACCUGGACUUUAGUGGUGAGACAUGGGGUACGAUGUAACCCGUUUCCAGGGGGACAUUGAUGAGCACCUUAUCUGUCCUAUUUGUAGUGGAGUCUUGGAAGAGCCAGUACAGGUGCCUCAUUGUGAACAUACCUUCUGCAAUGGCUGCAUCAUCCAAUGGCUCUCUCAGCAGCAGACAUGCCCAGUGGACCAUAGCAUUGUUACGGUUGCCCACCUGAGUCCAGUACCUUGGAUCAUGCUGAAAAUGUUGUCAAAGCUACAGAUUGCCUGUGACAAUGCUGUGUUUGGCUGCAGUGCUCUUGUCAGACUUGACCAUCUCAAAUACCACCUCAAUGACUGUGAGCACAACCCGAAGCAGCCUGUGACCUGUGAGCAAGGUUGUGGCCUGGAGAUGACCAAAAAUGAAUUGGCAAGUCACAAUUGCAUUAAGCACCUGAGCUCCAUGAUCCACCAGCAGCAGGCACAUAUCUCAGAGCUGGAGAAGACCUCUGCUGAACAUUUGCACCAGUUGGCAGAACAGGAGCAAGACAUUCAGCUACUAAAGAUGUAUGUACGAGACAGCCAUAGUGUCAUCACCAACCUUCAGAACAUGGAGAAGACAAUUGAGUACAAUAAAAUCCUUGAAUGGGUGAACUCCCCACAGCCAGCAAGAGUGACCUGCUGGGGAAGGAUGAUCUCCACUCCUGACCAGUGCAAGGGUGACAACAUGGUGCAGGAUCCUGGGAUUAUCCUAUUUUCACAUGGUGUAGAGGAGAUAUGAGAGCAUAACUGGCUAUCAGGAAGAGAUAGAGUUGGAAAAAUCCAUUGCUCCAGCAGCUGAACCCUGACUUCUCCCUCAACCCAUAUGCCACAGCUUGUACUUGCUAAACAUACUCCCUGCUUUUCUGGAAUGAAGGACCUGGGGUACUUUGUUCACUUGGGAACCCAAAUUCCUCCCUUUUGCUAUCUCCCCCCUAUAAUAUCUAUAAAAUUUUCAGUCA